AUGACAAUCUUGUUCACAAUUGUAUUUUCCAAAUUGAGAAAUCUCAGGCUUUCCAUACAGCACAGGGCAGUUCUAGCGGUGUACAAACACGGGGAUUACAACAGGGAUUUUAAUGCAGAGAAUUAUUUCAGUGAACGGAACCAAUUUGCCGAAAACGAAAACAGGAAAAAAUAUCGGAAUGUAAAAGGAAAGGCGCCUCACGGCUUGGGAAGUACAUGCAUUAAGAACAUCCGAACAAAAUGCCACAACAGGGCCGGUGAGGGCAUCCGCCGAGUCAGUUUUCACGCGCGGCUGAAGCUAUUAAUAUUCAAAUUGGUGCGAUCUGUCGCCGCUCCACGGACGAGUGUGGACGCGCCGCUA